AUGUCUGGAUUGCCUCCUUCUGGCUCACUGGCACCCGCCCAAGAUGUAGUACGCUACAAGGAAACCAUUUUCGGCAACGGCUUCGACGAACGUAGCACUUUCCAAGGCCCGCCAUCUCCUGCAGUCGACCACGCCUGGAUGAAAUCAUACAGUUUCCUCAACCGAGUUCCUGAGAGCCAAGCCAAGUUGCUGCCAGACCCAACUGUGGAGAUCAAGGGUGAUCCCGGACAUUACGUCGUCACUCUUGAGAUCUUCCACUCCCUGCACUGCCUGGACGAGCUGCGCAAGCUCGUCUGGCCUGGGCACUACGGGUCCUUCAUGGAACGAUACAAUGUUAGCGAGGACACCGCUGUCGAGCACCAAGACCACUGUGUUGAGGCUCUUAGAGAAGCACUCCUGUGUGGCUCAGAUAUAACCACGCAUUCGUGGAAGUAUAGACCAGACGGUCUCCACAUCGUCACUUCUGGCAUGGCGAAGCACUCAUGUCGGGACUUCGAUGCCGUCAAGCAAUGGGCUGUUGACCAUGACAUGAAGGUCCCUUGGCAGCCAGUGGGGCUUCAGGUCCACUUUGAGUGA